UCAACGACUCUUGAGUUCAGAAAGUGUCAAAACGUUCUCUAGCAAAGAUAAUGUAAAAAUUUAAUCUAGUGAAGUUCUGCAAAAUCUCUAAUUUAAAAACAUUUACUAUAAUGAUUCAUUUACUAACAUUAUUACUCAUCAUUUGCUUGGGGCCAGCUGUUUACCAUUAUUACACAUGGUACAACAGACGAGGUCGGCUUGUGAACCAAAUACCAGGCCCACCAGCUGUUCCAUUGUUGGGAAAUUUACUGCUUCUCUACGCUCCUUUAGGAAAAAUAAACGAUCUGUUUCGCGGCUGGUGCAAAAAUUAUCAUCCAGUGUUCAGAUUUUGGUUUGGCACCAGACCAACUAUUCACAUACAUCACCCCGACGACAUGGAGGUAGUAUUAAGUAGCACAAAGUGUAUUAAUAAAAAGUUCGUGUAUAAUAAUCUUGAACCAUGGCUGAAAUUAGGACUUUUAACUAGUUCUGGGCAAAAAUGGCAUCAGCGCAGAAAAAUAUUAACACCAGCUUUCCAUUUCAAUAUUUUGAAAAAAUACAUGGAAAUAACUAACGAGCAAGGCAAGCAAGCUAUCAAAGAGAGUCGAGCUGCAGGGAAGGAAAACGACGUUCCUCUCUUAUCCUUUUGUUCGAAAUAUACUUUAAACAUCAUUUGUGAAUCUGCAAUGGGCGUUGCUCUAGAUGGAGAAAUAGAUAAAGAGAUUUCGGCUAAUUACAGAAAAUCCGUCGACAAAAUGAGCGGAAUAGUUCUCUACAGAUUGCUAAGGCCAUACAUUUACGAUUGGAUGCUUCCAUUUUUUCCCAAAAUCAACAACAGAAUAAGGAGCGUUUUAGAAAAUUUGCACGGAUUCACGCAUAAGAUCGUAAAAGAGCGCAGAGAAUAUUACGAGCGUCAAAUUCGACAUCGAGAAUCAAACGAUACGAACGAAGACGAAUCUUUAUACCAAAAGAAACGAAUGGCGAUGCUGGAUCUUCUGUUGUCGGCCGAGAAAGACGGAUUGAUCGACGACGAUGGUAUCAAGGAAGAAGUGGCAACGUUCAUUUUUGAAGGUCACGAUACCACGGCUAUGGCCAUGUGUUUUUCCAUUCUUCUUUUCGCAGAAAACGAAGAAGCACAGAAUCGAGCGAGGAUCGAAGUAGAGGAGAUCUUGAGCUUCAAAGAUGGCAAUUUAGAAACGUCGGAUCUGCAAAAUAUGACCUACUUGGAAUGCUGCAUCAAAGAAUCUCUCAGACUGUUUCCGUCGGUUCCCUCGGUUUCCCGGCAUGUUUUGGAGGACAUACAAUUGAAGCACUGCUUGGUGCCCAAGGGAGCCGAAAUCUUGCUAAACUUCAUCGACACGCACCGACACUCCGAGUUCUGGCCGGAUCCCGAGAAAUUCGAGCCGGAUCGAUUUUUACCGGAACGAGUGCGAAGCCGGCAUCCGUUCUCGUAUCUGCCGUUCAGCGCCGGUCCGCGCAAUUGCAUCGGUCAAAAAUUCGCCAUGAUGGAGUUGAAGUCGCUGAUGGCUCGCGUCCUGUACAAUUUCCGGCUGCAGGCGAUCGAUCGCACGAGCGACAUAAAAAUCCAGGCGAAUUUCGUGCUGCGACCCUGCCGGCCCGUAAGGGCUAAGUUCAUUCGAAUAGACAGAUGAAGCUGCACCUAAUAUACAUACCGUUAAUUGUGUAAAGCACGUCGAUUGACAGUCGCAAUAAAAUUGAACGAAGAA